AUGAAGGACCCCUUCCCCAUCGCGCCGUUCCCCGCCCUCAGCGACGCCAUCAGGCCGUGGGCCGACUACUUCCAUCUGCCGACCCUCCCGCUGCACAUCCACGAGAUCGUCCUCGGUGCCCUUUUCUACCAGUUCGUCUUCAGCCUCGUCGCUCCGCGCCUGUCGAGCCGCCUCUUCCCCGCCAAGUAUGCCGCCCUGUCGCCGUCCAGGAGGCUCAACUGGAACGUCCACGUCGUGUCUUUCGUCCAGAGCACCCUCAUCAAUGUUCUGGCCCUAUGGGUCAUGCUCGUCAAUGACGAGCGCCGGAACAUGGACUGGCAGGAGCGCGUCUGGGGCUACGACGGUGCCUGUGCCAUGAUACAGGCCCUCGCCGCCGGCUACUUCCUCUGGGACCUGAUCGUCACCGCCACCAACGUCAGCAUCUUCGGCCCGGGCAUGCUGGCCCACGCCGUCAGCGCUCUGCUCGUAUACUCCCUCGGCUUUCGGCCCUUCGUCAACUACUACAGCUGCAACUUCAUCCUCUGGGAGCUGUCCUCGCCCUUCCUCAACAUCCACUGGUUCUUCGACAAGCUGGGCAUGACCGGCUCGCGCGCACAACUAUACAACGGGCUCAUGCUGAUUGCCACCUUCUUCUCCUGCCGUCUGGUGUGGGGUACCUACCAGUCUGUCAUGGUCGCUCGCGACGUGUGGUCCGCCCUGCACGCCCAACCCGCCAUCCCGGUCUCCCUUUCGCCCGACAAGGUGCUCAACUCCACCUUCCCAGCCCAGUAUGCAGAGACCAUGACAUAUGUGUCGGACUCGACCAGCAUCCCCGGCUGGCUGGCCGUUCUUUACAUCCUCAGCAACCUGACCCUGAACUCGUUGAACUUCUACUGGUUCUUCAAGAUGGUUGACGCUGUCCGCAAGCGGUUCACCCCGAAGGAGAAGGCGGAGCCAAUGGCCCCUAUGAAGGGGCGUGCUGGCGAAACCACGGGCGCGAGCACCGGGAUGGAUGAGAAGGCUCGCCCUCGUCGACGAACCAUUCUCGAUGGUGAGGACGGCGACGAGCCCCCGCACGUCUAG